AAGACUAUGGGAAACUACGACCCACUCAAUAUAGACGAGCACCUGGAAAUAAUACCCAACAUAAUUAUGAAAUCAGCGGAAUCAACAAUACAGAAAACUACAGAUAAGAGCAACAAAGCCAAGCUCAGCUGGUGGAAGAAAGAAUGCGACGAAGCCCUGAAGAACACAAAGCAUGCAAAAAAUAUAUACAAGAGGGAUAAAACUGAAAAGACAAAAAGAGAAUACAACAAAGCCAGAGCAACUUCGAAAAGAAUUAUAUUGAAUUGCCAAAGAAAAGGGUGGCUAGAAUUCGUAGAAGGGAUCAACUCACAAUCAUCGACAAAAGAAGUCUGGGACCAAAUCCGACGUAUAGGUGGAAAAACCAAAAGUAGUACUUUUCCAUACCUUAUGAAAGAGAAUAAUGAAAUAUUAGAGAAUGAUCUUGAUAUCGCUAAUGAAUUUGCACAACAAUAUGCUCAAAAUUCCAGCGACAAUAAUUACACCAGAGAUUUCAUAAUGAUAAAGCAGAGAGAAGAAGCUCAGGCUGUAGACUUGGAAGACGAAGAAAAUAUCCAACAGGUUAUCAAUAUGCCUCAAGCCCUGGGCCAGAUAGCGUGCUCAACAUAUUCAUCAAAAACUUACCAAGAAAAGUACUUGAGCACAUUCUAAUAUUUUUUCACAAAAUUUGGCAAAAGCGAGUGUUCCCGAAAAAAUGGCAAGAGUCAAUCAUCGUACCCGUUCCUAAAAUUGGCAAAAAGAAACUGCACAUAGGAAGCUAUAGGCUAAUUUCACUGACGUGCUAUAUGUGCCAGAUAAUGGAAAAAAUUAUCCAAAAGAGAUUAAACUGGAAACUUAAAACAGAAGGGUCACUGUCACCAUUUCAAAGUGGCUUCAGGAAUAAGAGGUCAACCAUCGAUAGCCUUGUACUAAUAGAAAAUUCCAUAAAAAAUGCUAUGGAAAACAAACUGCAUUUUCUGAUGGCUAGUCUAGACAUUCAGAAAUGUUUUGAGAUGCUUUGGCGUGACCGAAUAGUCAAAAACUUGGGCAAUGUAUGCGGACGAUCUGACGAUGGGGUUAGCAGGUAAAAAUCUGGAAACUACAAGGAAAAUUUUGCAAAAAAUGAUAAAUAAACUUGUGACCAUGGCGAGUGAAAAUGGCAUUAUGUUCUCUCCAGAAAAAUCACAGUUGAUUCUGUUUGAAAAAUCAGACUCCAAACGGAAACCGGCUAUAACUUUGGAAAAUAAUAACUUACAAGUUCUAGACAAAAUAACAACACUAGGGCUGAUGUUUGACAAACGAUUGAGCUGGAAACAUCACAUUAGAAAACUAAAGGCAGAUUGUGCCCAACGCAUUAAUAUAUUGAAAAUGAUAGCCGUCAAGGGUUGGGGAGCGGACAUGCAAGUACUUAGAAGAACAUACAUGGCAGUAGUUCGCAGCAAAAUAGAUUAUGGCGCAAUUAUAUACGGCACAGCAAAGAAAACAUUACUAAAGGAAUUGGACCCUGUCAACAACACUGGGGCAAGACUGAGCCUUGGGGCCUGGAGAUCCACCCCUAUACCAAGUCUACUAGCUGAAGCCAACAUCGUGCCACUAGAAAUAAGAAGAAAGCAACUCACAGUGCAAUAUGCUGCAGCGGUGCUCGCCUACCCGCCCAACCCAAUUUACGAGUUACUCAUAAAAAAUAAUGAGCAUAGUGAUCGAUCGAGUGUUCAAUUAAUACAAGCAGACAUAGCAAAUACAGAAAUUCCCAUCCCCAGUCUGAUAUCCAGAAAGCUGUGUCAAAAACCACCUUGGCAAGAUCUCGAUAUAAACCUGGAUAAAGUGUUAAAUAAACUAAAAGAUUCGGUACCUAUAGAAAGGAUGGAACAAGUAGUUGCAGCCACCCUUAAAGCAAAAUAUCCAACUCACGAAAUCAUAUUUGUGUUCAGUGACAAAGAUCCCGAAAAUUACUUAUAUAGCGGCAUGAUGACGCCUAAUGGAUUACCUAGAAUCACAAAAAUGUCAAACUUGCACAGCAAAAAUGAGGCCGAAGCAUUAUCUAUAUUAGAAGCCCUGAAAUGGAUGGAAAAAAGCGACAAAAGAAAAUUCGUUAUUUU